AUGCUGGAUUCUCUGUACGGAGACUUGCCGCCCCCGUCGAAGGGGGAGGAGGGAGACACGAAGAGCAGCACUCCUUCAGCACCCAGCGGCUCGCUGUUAGGAUCUUUGUACGACGAUCCAGAUGAUCCUGCGGAAGCCGCUGCGUCCUCAGCAGCAACUGCGAGCAUUUCAGGCUCAACUCCCGGCGCAUCCGGCGCGGCAGCAGCAGCUGCUGCUGCUGCGGCAGCUGCUGCUGCCGGUGCUGGAGCAUCAGGGGCCGCUGCUACAGCGGACAGCAGCGGGACUGUCUGGGCAGCUCAGCGCCUCAAGCUGCUGACUCCUGCGGUAGUUCGCAGGCAGACACUUGCGAAGACAGCUCCGAAGCCGUCGCCUUCGCUGAACGUGCAGGCAGCGGCUGCGGAUGCAGCCCUCGUCCUAGAGCGCUUGAAGAAGUUGCAUGCGGGUGUCGUUGGCGCUGACGAUCACAAGCCAGCUCAUGCCUCUGGCGCGCGGGCAGAUGGCGCCUCAGGCACUGCAGCGAAAGCGGCGACUGGCGCUGGCGAAGCAAGCAGCAGCAGCUCUUCAGAGCCGAUCGUUAAUGUGCUGUCGGUAACCGUUGGAGGGUCUACUCCCUUAGAUCCAACGACGUGGGUUGCAGUGGGGCUUUGGCCUCAGGAGUACGACCCCUCGAAGCCGAACGAUUAUACAGCCAUCCACAGAGAAAAAAUGCGGCAGCAACAGAGGGAAGAGCUGGAACGGCUCAGACAGCAGGAACUUGACAAGCAAAAACUAGAGGAGGAGACUGCGCGUAGUGGCCCAGGCACUGAAGGCGCAGACGCCAUCGCCUCCCCAGAGCCGCAAGCGCCUGUGCUGCCUUCGUACAUCGACCCCAACAAGAAGACCUUUGCAGCUCGCAUGAUGGAAAAGAUGGGGUGGAAGCAGGGAGAAGGCCUCGGUGCAAACAAACAGGGCAUUACAGCGCCGCUUGUCGCACGGAAGACGGCCAUGAGAAGUGGUAUUAUCGUCCAAGGCCAGGAGGUCACUUCUUUAGCUCAGCUUCCGCGCGCCGUGACGUUCAACAUGGCGCCUACCCGCAUUCUUUUGCUUCUAAAUAUGGUGGGGAGGGGGCAGGUAGACUCGGACUUGAAGGAAGAAACAGAGGAGGAGGCAGCUAAGCUGGGCAAUCUCUUGCAAGUGCGCAUCUUCGAAGCUGCUGGCGUCCCAGAUGAUUGUGCUGUCCGAAUUUUCUGUGAAUAUGAACGCAAAGAAGAAGCCACUAGAGCUCUUUUAACCUUCAAUGGCCGCGCCUUUGGAGGGCGCACAGUUAAGGCCAAGUUCUAUAGCGAAGAGAGAUUUGCGCGGGGAGACCUUCGUCCUGAUCCUGAACAAGAAGCUGACCAGCACGUCACGGUUACAAUCUAG